AUGGCCACAAACACUGUAUCCAAUGCACCAUAUGCUAACAAAUCAAAGAUUCACUUGCAGACUGGCCAAUGUGGCAAUCAAAUCGGAUCGGCUUUCUGGAAUGAUAUCUCCAGGGAGCAUGGCCUCGACGGCAAUGGAGUAUUCCAAGGAACAUCUGACUUGCAGUCAGCCCGUCUUGGCGUGUACUUCAGCGAGGCUUCCGGACACAAGCAUGUCCCACGCGCAGUCCUUGUCGACCUCGAACCCGGAACGAUGGAUGCAGUGCGUUCCGGCCCGCUCGGGGAUUUCUUCCGUCCAGACAACUUCGUAUUCGGUCAAUCGGGCGCCGGGAACAAUUGGGCGAAGGGCCACUAUACUGAAGGGGCAGAGUUGAUCGACCAAGUGCUCGAAGUCGUGCGCCGCGAGGCCGAAUCGUGCGAGUGCCUGCAGGGUUUCCAGAUUACACACUCGAUUGGCGGUGGCACGGGAGCGGGUAUGGGGACGCUUCUCAUCUCCAAGAUCCGAGAAGAGUUCCCGGACCGGAUGAUGGCAACGUUCUCCGUGCUGCCGUCGCCCAAAGUCUCCGAGGUGGUGGUCGAGCCGUACAACGCCACCUUGUCGCUGCAGCAGCUGGUCGAGAACUCGGACGAGACCUUCUGUAUCGACAAUGAGGCCUUGUAUGAUAUCUGCAUGAGGACUCUCAAGAUCCCGAAUCCGACCUACGGCGAGCUCAACCAUCUCGUGUCGGCAGUCAUGUCUGGUGUGACAACAUGUCUUCGGUUCCCGGGCCAGCUCAAUUCCGACCUCAGGAAAAUGGCAGUCAAUUUAGUCCCCUUCCCGCGGCUGCAUUUCUUUACCAUAGGCUUUGCACCUCUCACAAGCCGCGACGCUUCGGCAUUUAGGGCUAUCAGCGUACCGGAACUUACCCAGCAGCUCUUUGACCCAAGAAACAUGAUGGCCGCUUCAGACUUUAGAAAUGGACGGUUCCUGACCUGUGCAACAAUCUUCCGUGGCAAGUUGUCCAUGCAGGAAGUUGAGGAUCAAAUUCGCAACCUACAAAGCAGGAAUUCCUCGUACUUUGUCGACUGGAUCCCGAAUAACGUGCAAACAGCCGUGUGUUCUAUCCCGCCUCGGAAGCUUCGCAUGUCGUCAACUUUUGUUGGCAAUACCACUGCCGUGCAAGAGCUAUUCCGACGCAUUGGCGAGCAAUUCUCUGUGAUGUUCCGACGCAAGGCCUUCCUGCACUGGUACACUGGGGAAGGCAUGGACGAGAUGGAGUUUACGGAAGCCGAGUCCAACAUGAAUGAUCUUAUCUCUGAAUACCAGCAGUAUCAAGAGGCUCGGGCUGAUGAUGAAGACGAGGAAUAUCAGGAAGAGGGGGUGGAGGAGGAGGCAGACGAGUAA